GCGACACGUGGUUAAGGUGAUUAAUAUUCAUAACUCACUCCACCCGUUGUCAUAGUUACAGUAUUGCUUAGCAAGAGCAAUAAUGGAGGUUGGGACCAGGGGCUAUAACAAGAAAGGAGAAGAUCCUUUAAGAUGGCUGCCUUCUCUACCUCAAAAACGCACUAAACCUGACUGGCAAGAUGUCUCCCCUGAAUUUAAACUGUUUCCUGGAGUCACUAAAGAAAUGAUUGGAGCAGAGCAAAGGCCACACACUAACACAGUCAGUGGUUUGCCCUCACUCUUAAGACCACCAGCUAACAAAGGAAGACAGCUUGCUUCAAGGCAUUCGAGGAGUCGUUCAUGGGAUCCUAACAGGCCAGGACCAUCAUCAACCAAGCACCCUCAGGCACUGCCUUCUCAUCAACCAUCACCACUACCGGCCACACACAAGAGGAGAGAAGACUUCAGACAUGCUCUAGUCAAAAUGAUCAUGAAUUAUCCAGCUGAGGAAGAGGAAACUGCUGAUGGUGAUUUGUCAGCAAAUGAAAAAGACACACUGCGUUAUCUCUAUUACAUUCAAAGAGGGAUUGAUACUGAACAUGUUGCUCCAAUGGAAGACUCGUGGCUCGAGCAUGUCAUGUCAUUACUUCAUCAGAAGCUAAGAACAUCUCCAAGACUAGCUUCACUGCUGGAGAAGUUAUGCGAUGAAAUGAGAGAUGACUAUUUACUUGGAGUCAAAAAAUCAAUUGUUGAUUUUGUACUAAGAGAUCCUCAUCAGGUUGAAGUAAAACGCUCUUCUAGUACAAAACAACUCCCACACAGACAAGAAUUGGAUGUUGUUCCAAAGCCGUGGAAUAAAAGUGUUGUGCAAGCAUACGAAUCAAUCUCAGUCAAACUCUUUGUUACUAAUCCUGUACUGACUCAAGUCCUCAAUGACUGGUACAGGGAUCUAAGUAAAGAGAGGUUGAUUCAUAAGGAAACAUUAUUUGGCCAUCCUGAGCCAAUGGAACUCAAUGUGUUCCAGUCACUAGUCACUAAAGACUUGGAGACAACUAAACACAUUCUCCACAAAAAAUGGUUUCCUGAAGUUCAGAAUAUAUUUUACAAUGGUAACAAACGUAAGCAGGUUCCUUUUGCUCAUCUUGAUGCAUACUUUGAGAGUGGAGCUGUACUGAUGACUAAUCUACUCCGUGAGCUAACUCUGGACAGCAUUACUGAAUAUGAAGGAAUCUUUUGUUCUAAACCAAAAUUAGUUGGUUACUUUCCUGGUUUUAUUAUAAGUGCAGUCAUUAAUGGGACUAGGUUGGAGUUUGAGCCUUCAGUUGGUGGUUUUGAGGUUGUGGUACUGAAUGCAUUUGACAAGAUUGUAGAAAUUGGUUCUUCUCUACCACGUGUUGAGUCUAAGCUUUAUCCCAGUGAGAGUGCUUAUGCUGCAAGGCCUAAUCUUCAUCCUUAUGUUGAUCCUAAUGCACUGAAAGAAGCUAAAAAGAAGGUAGCACAAGUUAUACAAGAUAGUAUGCAGAAGCCAAAGGAUCACGUGCUCUUGUUUGAAAAAUUCAAUCCAUUAAUCUCCAGACAGGCUGAGGAAGACAUUAAGCAGUUCCUCAGUGAAGAGCACAGCUUCUUAGAGUAUGAGCAGUUGGUGAUGCAGUAUGAGAAUAUUAUCAAGGAAUUACAAUAUGACAUUGGAAAGGUAUUUUAAACUAACCUAUGCAUAAUUGAUGUUUUAGCCGCUAAUGAGGGUUCCAAAUAGCAUGGAGCCCGCUAGUCUCGUGCAAUAAUAACACAUUGUCACUAUCAUAA